AUGUUAUUAACACUACUAGUCGCUGUGUUGGCCUGCCUGCUGGUCAUAUUGUACAUUCAGCACCGCAAGAAUAGUCGCUUCUGGGCUGAACUGGGGGUCCCGCACUCCCCCCCACACCCAUUGCUGGGUAACUUCGAGUGCUUCUUCAGACAUAAUGUGGGUAUAUGGAUGCGUGAUCUACACGCAAAGUUCCAAGUCCCGUUUAUUGGUAUCUGGGUGUUCCGGCAGCCUGUCCUGAUGGUAGCGGAUCCUGAGGUCACGAGGCGUAUCUUGCUGUCUGACAGCGACCUUUUCCGGAACAGAAAUUUGGCAUCGGGAAAGUCGGAUCCUGUGGGGGGGCUUAACAUUUUCACCAUUAAAGAUCCAACAUGGAGUAACAUUAGGCGGCGUAUAACAUAUAUAUUCACGGCAGCAAAGCUUAAAGCGAUGCAUGGACUGCUGUCAUCUAAGUCAAAAGCGACCAUCACCCGAAUACGGCAAGAUAAGGCGAACAACAAGACCACAGAGAUUAGGACCCUUUUUGCUGACUACACCACCGACAUCAUCGGAACCUCCCUCUUUGGUAUGCAGAACGAUGCCGUCGGCACUGGUGACAGUGCCCUCCGUGCUGUCACUCGGGAGUUCAUGAAAUUCAAUUGGUUUCGCGGGCUGUCUAUUUACAGCAUUUUCUUCUGGCCUGCUCUUGUGGAUAUUUUCAGGUUCACGUUUUUUCCGAAAAAAAGUGUGGAUUUCUUUAGGAAGACUGUGAAUACGAUAAUUGAACACAGAAUAACCAACAACCUUGAAAACAAUGAUUUUCUUGACGCUUUGGUUAAGAUGAAGAAAGAGAAACUUGACGAUGGGCAAGAAUUCAGUGAUGACCUGCUAGCCGCCCAGGCUACUAUCAUGUUGCAAGGAGGAUUCGACACUUCGGCAGUCGCUCUCACAUUCAUGGUGAACGAGCUAGCUCACAAUUCCAAGAUACAGGAAAAACUAUACGAGGAAUUAAGUGAGGCUAAAAAUAAGAAAGAUGGUGCUGACUUCAAUUUUGGUGAUUUGGAGAAAUUGGUUUAUCUAAACUGCGUUAUUAAAGAGAGCUUGCGAAGAUACCCUCCAAUGGGCUGGCUGGAUCGUAUCUGCUCCAUCGACUACAAGAUCAACGACACCCUCACCCUCCCCGCGCACACCCCCGUCUACAUCAACGCCAUUGGCAUGCACCACGACCCCAACUUGUUCCCUGACCCUUACAAGUUCGACCCUGAUAGAUUCUUGCCUGAGAAUGAGCAGAAUAUUGUCCCUUUCUCGUAUUUGCCUUUUGGAGAUGGUCCCAGAAUGUGUAUAGGUAAACGUUUCGCCCAGAUGUCUAUGCGGUACCUGCUGUCAGAACUCAUCCUGAGCAUGGAGCUCCAGCCUCUGCCCUGCUCUACGACGCCAAGCAAAAUGAUCUUCGAGUCAAAAGCUCCAUUCCUUAUGCCGGAGCAUCCUAUUUCUGUCGAGUUCAUACCGAGGAACUGA